AUGCUACACACCCCAGCCCAGCUGCUACACACCCCCGGCCCAGCUGCUACACACCCCCGGCCACAGCUGCUACACCCCCAGCCACAGCUGCUACACACCCCGGCCACAGCUGCCACACACCCCGGCCUGGCUGCUACACCCCCGGCCACAGCCUACACCCCCGGCCACAGCUGCUACACCCCCAGCCAUGCUCUACACACCCCCAGCCACAGCUGCACACCCCCGGCCACAGCUGCUACACCCUCAGCCACAGCUGCACCCCAGCCACAGCUGCACACCCCUGCAGCUGCUACACACCCCCGACCUGGCUGCUACACACCCCGGCCACAGCUGCUACACACCCCCCCAGCCACAGCUGCUGCACACCCCCAGCCACAGCUGCUACACCCCCGGCCACUGCUACACACCCCACAGCUGCUACACACCCAGCCACAGCUGCUACACACCCCAGCCACAUGCUACACACCCCACGGCCCGGCUGCUACACACCCCAGCACACCCACACACCCCCGGCCACAGCUGCUACACACCCCGCACAGCUGCUACACACCCCCGACAGCUGCUACACACCCCCGGCCACAGCUGCUUUCACCCCCCAUCAGCUGCUACACACCCCGGCCACAGCUGCUACACCCCCGGCCACAGCUGCUACACCCCGGCCACAGCUGCUACACACCCGGCCAGCACACACCCCGGCCUGGCUGCUACACACCCCCGACCAGCUGCACACACCCCCGCCUGACACCCAGCUGCCACACACCCCCGGCCACAUGCUACACACCCCGCCACAGCUGCACACCCCGGCCACAGCUGCUACACACCCCCCGGCCACAGCUGCUACACACCCCACGGCUACCACACCCCCGGCCGGCUGCUACACACCCCCGACCAGCUGCUGCACACCCCCGGCCGCUGCUGCUGCACACCCGCCACAGCUGCUGCCACACCCCCCAGCCACAGCUGCUACACCCGGCUGCUACACACCUGGCCACAGCUGCUACACGACCACAGCUGCGCUACACACCCCCGGCCACAGCUGCUACACACCCCGCCCACAGCUGCCACACACCCAUGCAGCUGCUACACACCCCAGCCACAGCUGCUCACACCCCAAUACAGCUGCUACACCCCCGGCCCUCACACCCGGCCACAGCUGCUACACACCCCGGCCACAGCUGCUACACACCCCCAGCCACAGCUGCUACACCCCCAGCCACAGCUGCACACCCCGGCCGGCUGCUACACCCCCGACCACAGCUGCUACACACCCCCGGCCACAGCUGCUACACACCCCCAGCCACAGCUGCUACACCCCCAGCCACAGCUGCUACACACCCCCGGCCACAGCUGCUACACACCCUGCCACAGCUGCUACACCCCAGCCACAGCUGCUCACACACCCCCAGCCUGGCCUACACACCCCCGGCCUGGCUGCUACACACCCUGCCACAGCUGCUACACCCCCCGGCCACAGCUGCUACACACCCCCGGCCACAGCUGCUACACACCCCCAACACAGCUGCUACACACCCCCCGGCCACAGCUGCUACACACCCAACGGCUGCUACACACCCCCAGCCACAGCUGCUACACACCCUGCCACAGCUGCUACACACCCCCAGCCACAGCUGCCACCCCAGCCACAGCUGCUACACCCCCAGCCUGGCUGCUACACCCCUGGCCACAGCUGCUACACACCCCCGGCCACAGCUGCUACACACCCCUGGCUAG